GUAAAAAUGGCCACCUGGACCUGUUUGUUCGUUUCCUUCAUGGCCUCUCUCUGGAGUCCAACCAGAGACUCUUAGGAGGCCUGCUGGGUCGGACAGACAACAGUCCAGGAAUCAUCCAGAGAGCCAUCAACAACCUGAAGAAGAUGAACAGUAAUAAGAUCUCUCCUGACAGAAGCAUCAACAUCUUCCACUGUCUGACGGAGAUGAACGACCACUCAGUACAUCAGGAGAUUCAAGAGUUCCUGAAGUCAGAGAACAGAUCAAAGAAGAAACUCUCUGUGAUCCACUGCUCAGCUCUGGCCUACAUGCUGCAGAUGUCAGAGGAGGUUCUGUAUAAGUUGGACCUGAAGAAGUACAACACAUCAGAGGAGGGACGACAGAGACUGAUUCCUGCUGUGAGGAACUGCAGAAAGGCUCGACUUUGUGGCUGUCGACUCUCAGCGACUCACUGUGACGUUGUGGCCUCAGCUCUGAAGUCCAACCCCUCCCAUCUGAUACAGCUGGACCUGAGUAACAACGAGCUGCAGGAUUCAGGAGUGAAGCGGCUGUCUGCUGGACUGGAGAGUCCACACUGUAAACUGAAGACUCUGAGAUUGAGUCACUGCAGUUUGUCAGAGAUCAGCUGUGCUUCUCUGGCCUCAGCUCUGAAGUCCAACCCCUCCCAUCUGAGAGUGCUGGAUCUGAGUAACAACGAGCUGCAGGAUUCAGGAGUGAAGCUGCUGUGUGGUUUUCUGGAGAGUCCACACUGUAGACUGGAUACUCUGAGCUGAUUGGGUAACACCUGUGACACGCCCACCAAACAGAAGAAAACAUACCUAGAAGCCCUUUGGAGAACAUUGCAAGAAAACAUGUCGUUCAAUCCGAAAACAUUGCAAGAGGUUUUGAGAUUGAACUCGCUCCAGGCUGUUGUUGUUGCUAUGCGGUACAGAACGACUGAGUGUUGCUGUGCCGUUGCUGUACGGAGCAAAAUACCAUACAUGGAACACCGGCUUUGUAUGUCGUAGACCGUAAAGGAGUGUUCAUAAUAGGAGGAAAUCAUUUCUUUGAAAUACUUAACCUCAUUCCUGCUUUUCUCAUUUAGGGGAAUCCGCGUUCUCACAUUUUCUGAUGGUGUGUCAAGCAAGUCAGA